CAGCAAAGUAAACGGUAUGCAGAAGAAAGUGAUGAGCAGGUCGCUGACCGCCAGAGAGCAAAUAAAAAUAUCUGUCGCCGUCUGUAUCGUCCGUUUCUUCACAAUUAUAUAGAUGACCAAACUAUUUCCAGCCAGAGCCAGGACGAAAAUAACCACAUACAUGAUCACGAAGGUGCUUUUGGCGCUGUACGGUAACUCGGGGAUGUAGACGAGCGGCUGGAUGUUGUAGGCGUUGAUAAAGUCCCGACGGCUCAGGUUGUAGUACUGGAGCAUCUCCUGCAGCACUUCAGGAGUUAUUUUAGUGGAGCCCUGCCCCGAAUCUGUCGAAGCUGCGGCCAUCCUGAACUGUGUCCUCAACCUUGAGACGAACUUGGCUGCACGGGGAAAGUAAAAUAAAGAAAUCAAUCUGCGGGAGCUCUCAGCGGAAAGCUGCUUUUUUAACCUACAGGUGCGCAUCUGGGUGUUGCUGACUCGCCUCGUUCAUCCACCAGACCCCGAUGCUGUUGCUGCUGCUGCAGAUGUGUGCUCCGUGUGUGCGUACGGACUGAGACAAAGCUUUCAGCCCAGACAUGUCGAGAGCACACAGCCUGGAAUCGAGGGGGAUGACAGCUGAAGGGAAAUUCGCUCAGAUUAACCAUUUCCCAUUCACUCCUGAAUUCACCAAGACGCUUACAAAAAGCAGUCCAUGUUUUGGUGCCUUGAGUCACCACUCAUUCUUCUCCCGGCACAACCCUCAUCCACACAGGAUGAGGCAUAUUCAAGGAUUCACAGGCAGACCAAUUUGCAUGGUAAGAGAUGAUUGGUGUGUCACGUCGUCGUUAUUUCCUCAUCCACUUCUCAAGAGCCACAUAAACAGGAAAGCAGCAGAGCCAGCUUUUCAGCUUGCUCAAAAUCUUUAUGGAGUCUGCGGAGACAAAACUAAAUCAGCACUAUUGUCGGAUGCCUGGAGAGAUGAACUCAAAGAAAUGGCUGCAAAAAUCAGUCUAACUUCCCAAACACAAAAGGACAAAAGAGAGGAACAACCAGAGGAAAAGUUUGUCCGACGAAAGACUCAAUAUUCAGCUCAGACUGGCAGACUUAUUCCUCCAUCCUCCAAGUCCUACCUGCGCAAAUCUCAAUACCAGCGCAUGAGCCAUCCUCAACCCUUCCAUGAUCAAGAACUCAUGGUAAAAUACUGGUUAACUGAUCCUGAGAUGACAGACACACUGUAGGAGAGCCAGAGAUGGUUGUACUGUUGCUCAACUGCAGAAAAAGAUCUGGUGAUGGGGAUGAUCAGACAAGCUCUGGACGGUGUCGACCUCUCUGUCCGUAACCAGCGGAACUUCCAGCAGCUGCAGGCGUUUUAUCCAGGAGCGUCUCCGUCUGUGUAUGCGGCAUCAUUUGAGCAGCCAUGGGGAAAAACACACAGGAGGAGUUCACACCAAGUCAAUCAAACUGCCAUUGAUGAAAAACCAGAGCGGAUUGGUGAUGCAGAAGUCCUGGCAGUCCAUUCAGAGGCCGAAAGUGUUCAGGUUCCUUCACUUCAGGAGGGGGAUAAUGCAUAGAGCUCAAUAAUCUUCCUAGAAAUUAGCUAUAUUGUAUUAUUUCUGUGCUAUGAGAAAUGUAGCCUAAUACCUAGUUAGCUUAUCUUUAUUUUCAUUUGUCAAUCAAUAGGAUUAUAUACUGUAGAUGUGAUUGUGUGGUGUAAUAAUUGUGGAUACUGUUACAUAAUUGCUUAUUAGCUUUCAAAGGUAUCAUGGUUAGAAACUGAUUGUA